GCAGAAUUUGAUGGGGUAGCAGGAAUUGGCAGACACCGUGUUUCCAUCUUUGUGCCGUUCAAGUGAACCUGGAGGACUUUGCCGAUAUCAGGACCAACCGUCCACAACAAAGUGGAACCGCCUCUGUAUGGCAGAGAAAAAGCGAUUCACGCAGAUCGAGGAAAAAACUUUGUUUAUGGAGUCUCUUGGCCUGUCCUUGACUCCAGCCUUCAAGAGGAGAAAGAAGCCAGGCCAGGUGAGAGUAUGCUCACCUGAAGAGACAGACUCUGAGGAGGAGGAGCUGUGGACCUCUGGAUUGACCGCAGGUGCUGGAGUGUGGGAGCCACCAACAGUCAGACAGGGGUCUCUACAACAGCCCAGUACGUCAGAUGCCGUUUCUGUGCAGAGUCUCUCAGGGCAGGGCAGGAGUGACCAGGAGGUCUCUGGAAGGACCAUUCCUGCUCAUCCAGAGACCGACCCCACCAGAGGAGGAGCAGAGAGGGGCUCUGCAGUCCAGGAGGAGGUCUCAUUAGUUAUCUACCAAAAACCGGAAGCACCUAAGGAGGACGACUACUUCUUCUGUGAUGAGUGUAGGACUUUCUUCCGUGAAGAGUGCGAGGUCCACGGCCCUAUCUUGUUCAUGGCUGAUCGCCCCGUUGCUGUCGGAGAGAAAGACAGAGCCAAGAAGACGCUGCCCGCUGGGUUUGAGAUCAGAGAUCCUGGGAUCCCAGGGGCCGGUCUAGGGGUGUUUUACUGUGGAGACAGUGGCAUUCCCAUUGGAACACACUUUGGACCCUACGAAGGACACAGGACAGAUGAAGAGGGAGCCCUGGAGAGUGGAUACUCUUGGGAGAUCUACAAGAGCAGACACAAUGAAUACAUUGAUGCAAGGAGAGAGACACAUUCUAACUGGAUGAGGUAUGUCAAGUGUGCUCGUAAUGAAGAGGAACAGAACCUUCAGUUUCAGUGCAAAGGAGGGAUUCUGUAUCGCUCCUGUUGCUUCGUGACCUCAGGAGAAGAGCUCUUGGUCUGGUAUAGGGACGAAUACGCCAGACAUCUGGGAAUCGGAUUUGAUCAACUGUGGAGCUCUACUAAAGGAGGGAAAUCCCAGCUGACACCAGCACAGUCUCAGAUCUUCCUCCACAGACACAUGAAGAGGAGCCAUGGUGACCUGAACGACAGACAGCUGAAGAGCGGAGAAAUCAAGGUGGAGCCUAGUCUCCUCCCAUACGUCGCAGCCUCCUCUCAAGAACCAAUCGGAGCCUCCCCGGGAACCGUCCAAAGGACAAGUCAGAUUCCAGCAGAAGGAGCCAGACGCCACAGUUGUGAGCAGUGCAGGAAAACCUUUAGUCGCUCUUAUACUCUGAAGAGUCACCAGCGCAUCCACACGGGAGAGAAACCUUACCACUGUCAACAGUGUGGGAAAACAUUUAGUCGAUCUGGUACUCUGAAGAGACACCAGCGCAUCCACACGGGGGAGAAACCAUACCACUUUCAACAGUGUGGGAAAACAUUUAGUACAUCUGGUAAUCUGAGGCUUCACCAGCGCAUCCACACGGGAGAGAGACCAUACCACUGUCAACAGUCUGGGAAAACAUUUAGUAAAUAUAAUACUCUGAAGUUUCACCAGCGCAUUCACACGGGAGAGAAACCAUACAACUGUCAACAGUGUGGGAAAACAUUUGGUCGAUCUAGUACUCUGAAGAAACACCAACAACUUCACAAAGGAGUCUCAACCCAAACAAUCGUGUGAAGAAACAAAAUGGUUUCCAGACAUUGUCAUUAUAAUAGAAUAAAAAAUGGUUCAUCCUGUUUUUGUGAUGGUUUUGAAUAAAGUUUUUUGCCUAAGAUCUACCUGAUUUUGAGUUCACCUUUUGCCUUCUCUGUUGGACUUUUUGCCCUUUUUGGAUUUUGCCCUCGUUUUGGAAUUUUGUGAUCUUCUGUGUUUUCGCCCAAAGACUUCGUAAUAAUAAACCACAUUUCAGAUUUGCAGAUCCGGGCUCGAUACCCAACUCUUGACAAUUUUAUGGUUAAAGGGCACAUGAACGGUUUUAAUUGUUUAUCUAAUCAACUUCAUGUAUUUAUUUAUAUUCACGUCUGUAUGAGUGAAGGUUUUUACCUUAAAAAAUUAGCUGAAGAAAAAUAGUUGGAGAGAGAACAUGUUGCUAACUAAAUUAUUUAUGACGACGUCAGUAAGGUAGGCCUCGUAGA